UAAAUUAGCUGAAGAUUAUACUGAUCUUGAAAGUCAAGCCUGGAAAAAACUGUUGAGAAAAUAAAUUGGCCUAAAAUGAACUUGAUUUUUCUUAGUGUAUCUUAAUGGCAUGAAAACUUUGAUAGAAGUAGACGCCAUCGUUAUUUGAUUUUUUGAAUGCUGACUCAAGGACUUGUUUUUUUCACUAACAAUAAAAUCAUGAUUAUGCGUCCUGAAUCUACGAAGCAUGUUCAAUAGACCAAAAAGAAAAUUUAUGUGCGCCAUCUUGAUCGAAAUAGAAAAACCAUGACAAUAAUGAUCAAAUUUAUCAAUCAGUAGUGAGAACUGGGCACAUCGAUGGCUGACGUAGCUGCAGCAUCAAGCCUGGCUCUCUUAUACACGGGCUCACUAAUUUGGGUAGGAUUCAUAGGACUCGGAGCCCUGAUUGCAACAGGACCUCUUGGCUACGGAGGACCUCACCGCAACUUUGGACCUCGUCCGAGAUUUAGAGGAGGACCACGAGGCAGGUAUCGGAGACCUCAUGGGUAUCAUGGACACUCGGUUAGGGGACACGGAGGCUUCAAACGAUUGGAUGAAGAUUCAAAUUUUAGCGGAAACAAUGACAUACCAGCUGCUGGUCAUGGAGGAGAUAUCCCGGAUUAUGCGAGGUUCUCGAAUAUGAUACAGAAAAGUUUCAAGCAUAGCAAUGAGGGUGCUUCGCGACCGGCUUUUCGCCGAGCAAGAUCUGUUGAAAAUUUGCCAGCUGAUAGAGAAAACUGGUCUCCAGUAAAAUUUUUUAAGAGAAAAGGAGCAAAAAAUAUUCUGCAAGGAGCAACGAUGGCGUCUGAUCCAAUCGCUGAGCCGAAGUCGCGCAACAAAUUAGAUUGGUACCCUAAUUUGAGUGCAUUAUUGUACUCCUUUCUACCUGUUUUUUCUCGAAUUUCGAGAUCAAGCCAGAACCAAAAGACGCCAGAAGAAGAAAGGAUGGUGCAGGCAAUUUACAAAAGCGACAUUAGAAGAUGCGGACCAAGAUUGGUCUGCGAACUUUCGGCUAUCCGGCAUCGCCAACUGACAUUUGAAGAAUUGCAAAUUCUGCAGUUUGUUUGGCACGGUGACAAAUUUUUCAACGAGCUGUUCCCGGGUGAAGGCAUUCGGUCGGACAGCGCAGCCCUGACUGCGUACAAAAAUGCUGCUCGUAUAGGCACCACCGGGGGCGAUUGUCAGCACGUCUUCAGGUCAUGUCCAGUCAAUGCGGCGUCUAUGAUGGCUUCAGUUUACUCCCUGGCGAGAUUAUGAUAAACUGAGAGGCUAUGUUUUACUACAAGAUACAAUUUUUCGUUUCUUAAUAUUAAAUUAUUUUCGAAAUUCAAACCUCGAAAUCUACGAUGAAAUAGUCGACGAGGCGUCAAUGAAGGCUUAAUUCUGUUUAUUCUCUGUCGAGAUUAUGAUUAAAUGGGAGGCAAAGAUUGAUUAAUCGUUAUAGUUAUUUAUUAUUUGUUUUUGUGUAUUCAUUGAAAUUUGUAAUGGAAUUCUGCAGUAUGACGACGAAAAUUCAAAAUUAUUCGUUUUCGUCGAUAAAAUUUCAAAUUUUGAGAAAAUUGAUGGUGGCCAUUACUUUCUUAAAAAUGAUAAUGAAAACCGCUUCCUAAUAAUUUGAAUGACACUAAUCCAUGAAUGUCAUUUUUUGUUAACGAAAAAGGCUGAAACUAAUUUAGUAAAUUAAACCAUUGAAUUGAAACUAAUUGAAUUGCUUUAACGGGUAAAACCGUUAUAUGUCAUUGGUAGCGCAAAUUAUGUCUGUCAAGAUAGCCUGCAUUUUUUAUUACCUAUUAAAAUGUUAUAACUUCAACCAGAUUCUUGUAAGUUUCGAUGCUAGGGUGUCCAUGAUUUACAUUAACUCCCUUUAGUGUUAUGAAUAUCAGUGGUAAAGGAAAACUAUAAACUAUGCAACUUUGCAGUCCCGAAAAUAUCAUGGAAAAAUUAUUAUCGAGCUGGUGGUGGAUACGGAAUAAUCAAUUUUUCAAGGGACAUAUACAUUUCUUCAAUGUUUUUGACAUUAGAGCAGACAAAUUUUUAUUCAAAAUUUCCGGAGAUUUUUUCGUCAAGUUCACAGUCAAUCAAAAGAGUUUUCUGAUGCGCCUUUCAUUCAGCUACAAAUUCUUGUCACAUGAAUACCUCGGGUACAACAUUUCACAGUCCUGAAUGAAAACGAAAUCAAAACGUGGUACAAAAAUAUAUAAAGUGUCUAUUUUUGGGCCUGUUAAGUGUAUAUUUCCGAUACCGAAGAAUCCUAAGUCAAUGUUACUUCAACUAUAACGUUUUCGAAUUCCUUUGUUUUCAAUUUUUGCAGUUUUUUUAGAUUUACGUGAACAGAAUUGUUAAACUUAUUUUGCAGGUAUUAUUUUAGAGUUAUUAUAUAGGUCGCUAGUGUUUGCCGUGCAAAUAUUGUUGAUGCACACUGUUGCUAUAUUAAUAGCAUUUGUUGAACAAUAAACAAAUUACAUGUU